AUCGCAAACCGAGGAGAAAUUGCAUGCAGAGUGAUGCGAACAGCAAAGAAAAUGGGUGUGAAGUCUGUAGCAGUUUAUAGUGAAGCAGACAGGAAUUCCAUGCAUGUAGCAAUGGCAGAUGAAGCAUAUUGCAUUGGUCCAGCACCCUCACAGCAGAGUUACUUGGCCAUGGAGAAAAUAAUGCAGGUGGCCAAGGUCUCAGCGGCACAGGCUAUUCAUCCAGGUUAUGGUUUCCUCUCAGAAAACACAGAGUUUGCAGAGUUGUGCAAGCAAGAGGGAAUCAUCUUCAUAGGUCCGCCUUCAUCUGCUAUCAGAGAUAUGGGUAUUAAGAGCACUUCCAAAGCUAUAAUGUCUGCUGCUGGCGUUCCUGUUGUUGAAGGUUAUCAUGGAGAAGAUCAAUCAGAUGAGUGUCUAAAGGAACAUGCCAAGAGAAUAGGAUAUCCAGUAAUGAUUAAAGCUGUUCGCGGAGGUGGAGGAAAGGGCAUGAGAAUUGCUCAUUCAGAAAAGGAGUUUCUGGACCAACUAGAAUCAGCUAGGAGAGAAGCAAAGAAGUCUUUCAAUGAUGAUGCAAUGCUGAUUGAGAAAUUUGUAGUUAAUCCAAGGCAUGUUGAAGUCCAAGUAUUUGGUGACCAGCAUGGCAAUGCAGUCUAUUUGUUUGAAAGAGACUGCAGCGUGCAAAGAAGACAUCAGAAGAUCAUUGAAGAGGCACCAGGGCCAGGAAUUAAUCCUGAAGUUCGAAAGCGACUUGGAGAAGCUGCUGUCAAAGCAGCUAAAGCAGUGAAUUAUGUGGGAGCAGGAACAGUGGAAUUUAUUAUGGACUCCCAACAUAAUUUUUACUUCAUGGAGAUGAAUACCAGACUGCAAGUAGAGCACCCAGUUACAGAGAUGAUCACUGGAACAGACUUGGUGGAAUGGCAGCUUAGGGUUGCAGCAGGAGAGAAGAUUCCUCUAACACAGGAAGAGAUUCUACUCCGGGGCCAUGCGUUUGAAGCUAGAAUAUAUGCCGAAGACCCUAAUAAUAACUUUAUGCCAGGGGCUGGGCCGUUGUUGCACUUAUCCACCCCACCAGCUGAUAGUUUCACCAGGAUAGAAACUGGAGUCAGACAAGGUGAUGAGGUUUCUGUUCACUAUGAUCCAAUGAUUGCAAAGCUAGUUGUUUGGGCCGAGGAUCGUCAAGCAGCACUGAGAAAGUUGCGAUACAGUUUGCACCAAUAUAAUAUUGUAGGAUUAAGCACCAAUAUUGAUUUCUUACUGAGCCUGUCAGGACACCCACAGUUUGAGGCUGGAAAUGUGCACACUAAUUUCAUUCCUCAGCACCAUGAUGAACUGUUUCCAACCAAAAAGGCAACCCCACAUGCAGUUAUGUGUCAGGCAGCUCUAGGACUCAUACUGAAAGAGAAAAUGCUAACAGAUGCUUUUAGAGAUCAGUCAGAUGAUAAAUUCUCACCAUUUGCGUCCAGCACUGGUAGAAGAAUAAAUAUAUGUUAUACUAGAAAACUGUCUCUGCUGGAUGGGGAAAACAUUGUGGAUGUAGCUGUAAGUUACAAUCAAGAAGGGUCAUACAACAUGCAGAUUCAAGAUAAAACAUUCCUGAUUUCUGGAGAGAUCUUCAAUGAAGGUGAUUCAGUUUACUUGAAGUCUUCAGUAAAUGGAAAAGUGUGUAAGUCCAAAUUGGUCAUUUUGGACAACACCAUUUAUCUCUUUUUUCCGGAAGGUAGUGCUCAGAUUGGCCUUCCCGUACCCAAGUACUUAUCUGCAGUAAGUUCAGUGGGAACGCAAAGUGGUGCUGUAGCGCCCAUGACGGGCACAGUUGAAAAGGUGUUUGUGAAAGCAGGGGAUAAGGUUCAGAUUGGAGACCCUCUGAUGGUUAUGAUAGCUAUGAAAAUGGAGCAUACCAUCAGGGCUCCAAAGGCAGGAGUGAUAAAAAAGGUUAAUUUCCAAGAAGGUGCCCAGGCCAAUAGACACGCUCCACUAGUGGAAUUCGUGGAUGAAGAGGCCGAGUCAAAAUAAAAUUAAAGGAAGGGUUUUAAGCAGCUGU